GCAGACCAUAGAGGCGGGAUUUCAGAAAGUAUAACGGGUUUAGUCAUCUAGCUAGCACAGACAUAUUAUAAUCAAGUGCAGAAAUGAAGCUGAGGUGGGCUUGGGCGUGCCUGCUGCUGCUCUCUGUGACGGUGACGAUGGUCUGGACCCAGGAGGAAGGCCUCUCCGACGAGGAGGACCUGGAGGCGCGGGUGGAGGAGGACUCGGAGGAGAUGGAGGCCGAGGAGCCCGUUGCCGACAGCGACAUCUCCUUCCAGGUGACGUACAAGACUCCGGUUCCCACGGGCGAGGUGUACUUCACAGCGACGUUCGAUGAAGGCUCCCUGGAAGGGUGGCAGGUGUCUAAAACAAUGAAAGAAGAUGUGGACGAUGACAUUGCAAAAUAUGACGGCAAGUGGGAGGUGGAGCCCCUGAAGGAGAACAGGGUCCCGGGGGACAUGGGACUGGUGCUGAAAUCCAGAGCCAAACACCACGCCAUCGCCGCCCUGCUGGACAAGCCCUUUGAGUUUCAGGACAAACCCCUGGUACUCCAGUACGAGGUAAAUUUCCAAGAUGGAAUUGACUGUGGUGGUGCCUACAUUAAACUUCUGUCUGCAACAGAGGACCUGGAUCUGGAGCAGUUCCACGACCGCACGCCCUACACCAUCAUGUUCGGGCCGGAUAAGUGCGGGGAGGACUACAAGCUGCACUUCAUCUUCAGGCACAAGAACCCCCUGAACAAGGACACAGAGGAGAAGCACGCCAAGCGGGCUGACGUGGACCUCAAGAAGUUCUACACCGAUAAGAAGACUCACCUCUACACCCUGGUGCUGAGUCCAGAUAACAGCUACGAGGUGUUCAUCGACCAGUCCAGUGUGAACAAGGGCAGCCUCCUGGUGGACGUGGUGCCCCCGGUCAACCCCCAGAAAGAGAUUGACGACCCCCACGAUGCCAAGCCCGAGGACUGGGACGAGCGGGCCAAGAUCCCCGACCCAGAGGCGGUGAAGCCUGAGGACUGGGACGAGGACGCUCCGCUCAAGGUUGAAGACCCUGACGCCUCAAAGCCCGAGGGCUGGCUGGACGAGGAGCCCGAAUUCAUCGCCGACCCCAGCGCGGAGAAGCCUGAGGACUGGGAUGAGGAGAUGGACGGGGAGUGGGAGGCCCCCCAGGUGCCCAACCCCACGUGUGAGACUGCCCCGGGCUGUGGGGUGUGGAAGCCCCCCAUGAUCAACAACCCGCUCUACAAGGGCAAGUGGAAGGCCCCGCUCAUCGACAACCCCAACUACCAGGGCGUCUGGCGUCCGCGGAAAAUUGCCAACCCAGAUUACUACGAGGACCUCAAUCCGUUCAGGAUGACCGCCUUCAGCGCAGUGGGGCUGGAGCUCUGGUCCAUGACCUCUGACAUCUACUUCGACAACUUCAUCAUCACCCAGGACAAGGAGGUGGCCGAUCGCUGGGCCUCGGACAGCUGGGGGCUGAAGAAGCUUGUGGCCAGCGCCAACGAGCCCGGGGUGAUAUCCCAGCUCACCAUGGCAGCGGAGGAGCGGCCGUGGCUCUGGAUCAUCUACAUCCUGACCGUGGGCCUGCCGGUGGGCCUGGUGGUGCUGUUCUGCUGGCCCAAGAAAUCGGAUGACGACUACAGGUACAAGAAGAUAGAUAAACCUGGACAAGCGGCCCAGCAGGAGGAGGAAGAGGAGGAGGAGGAAGAAGAGGAAGAGGAGGCUGGACAGCGAGAGACGGAGGAGGAGGAGGAGGAGGAACAGGAGCAGGAGGAGGAACAGGAGGUGAAGCCGGCUGAGGCUGAGGCCAGCGGAGCCGGGGGCGACCACAUCUCAGAGGAUGAGGCCGAGGAGGAGGAGGAGGAAGAGGAGGAAGAGGAAGAGGAUGUGAGCAAGUCCAUUGAGACUGGGUCUGAGGAUGAGAUGAGGGAUGCAGACGAGGGCACCCAGAACACAGCCGAGGGGCCCAAACAGGCGGUGAGGAAGAGGCGGGUACGGAAGGACUGAGGGCCCCGGGAUGCCACGGGAUGCCCCGCCUUGCCCAGCGCCGCUUCUCAGCAUGCCGGCUCUCCAGCCAGUGACCAACACGGCCAACCCAAGUCCCAUCAGCCACUGCUCCCACGACCCCAUCCUCCAGCUCCAGCCCAUUCCACCCCAAUCGAUCAGUCUUCCUCUUCAGACAUAGUUCAUUUAUUGGUAUUGUUGGAAUGUUUUAUUCAAAUUGAACCAACUCCUUGAGAUUUUUAGAAACGUCAUCAAACGUGCUCUCACAAGGUGUACCUUUUCGGGAAGGCGAAGCAGUAACCAAGCUGGCCAGGGUGUUUGUAAGGGGCACUGUUUUUUACCGUGUACAAGACAAAGGGACAGUUUCUACUGUUAAAGCCUUCAAGCAGACUUUUACCUCUAGAGAUUCAUAAUGUUUGUUGAGUAACUUAUACAUGAAGUAAAUGUUAGUUGAGUGUUUUUAAGUUAAGUCUUUGGUCUGGUUCUGCACUGAAGAGCGAAAUGCACUGAGAGUCUGUAAUAUAUUGUUCUUACUCUAGGCUCAUUUUUUUUGUAAUUAUACAGUUUAAAUGAAUUUUAGGGAAGUUUUAAAUGUGUAGUUAACCACUGUUUGCUUGUCGUGAGCCAAAAGGUUAAGGAUGCAGUGGCAGGAGUCCUUUUCCUUAAGCUUGCAGACGGCGAUUUCUAGGAAAUUUCUGGAACUAGUACCUUCAUCUCAGAGAGCUGGGCAUCCUUUGCAUUUACAGUGGUGUUCACUUUUUCCAGCUUUUAUAAUUUUAAUGUUCUUGCCAGUUUAUGGCAGAUCCCUGUUUACAGAUUUGCAAAUUGUACAUUGCUCUUGGAAAUAAAAUAUUUAAUACAAACA